AUGUAUCGUCUAAAGGAACCGGGCUGUGGAGUGAAUGUGCCACGGGAAGAGAACCUGGCUGGCUCAACUUCUACAGACAUUGCAUUUAAAGAAACUCUAAUCCUUCAGUGGGGUACAACAGAUUUGGUCACCGAUUUCAAGAGUGACCUUUUCCCCUUGCAGAAACCAAGAAAAUUGUUUUCAUCAAUCCCCAUAGACCGUAUACAUGAGCAUAACAACGUCCUCUUUAAAGAAGACGGCGGAGCAGACAGAGAUCACAAGGGUUACAGUGGUACAGAGUACAUAAGCGUUACAGUUGUCCACAUGUUCAGGUCGUGUGAGACAGAAUCAGACAUAUGUACAGAAUGUGGCUGGACACGUAUGAACCAGUUGGUAUUUUAUGCCAAGCCGUGCCAAGAGGAUAAACACUAUCCACAGUGCAACAAGGAUAAUCAGUGCCCACAGUGCCAAGAGGAUAAACACUAUCCACAGUGCAACAAGGAUAAUCACUACCCACAGUGCCAAGAGGAUAAACACUACCCACAGUGCAACAAGGAUAAUCACUACCCACAGUGCCAAGAGGAUAAACACUAUCCACAGUGCAACAAGGAUAAUCACUACCCACAGUGCCAAGAGGAUAAACACUACCCACAGUGCAACAAGGAUAAUCACUACCCACAGUGCCAAGAGGAUAAACACUACCCACAGUGCAACAAGGAUAAUCACUACCCACAGUGCCAAGAGGAUAAACACUAUCCACAGUGCAACAAGGAUAAUCACUACCCACAGUGCCAAGAGGAUAAACACUACCCACAGUGCAACAAGGAUAAUCACUACCCACAGUGCCAAGAGGAUAAACACUACCCACAGUGCAACAAGGAUAAUCAGUGCCCACAGUGCCAAGAGGAUAAACACUAUCCACAGUGCAACAAGGAUAAUCACUACCCACAGUGCCAAGAGGAUAAACACUACCCACAGUGCAACAAGGAUAAUCAGUGCCCACAGUGCCAAGAGGAUAAACACUACCCACAGUGCAACAAGGAUAAUCACUACCCACAGUGCCAAGAGGAUAAACACUAUCCACAGUGCAACAAGGAUAAUCACUACCCACAGUGCCAAGAGGAUAAACACUACCCACAGUGCAACAAGGAUAAUCACUACCCACAGUGCCAAGAGGAUAAACACUACCCACAGUGCAACAAGGAUAAUCAGUGCCCACAGUGCCAAGAGGAUAAACACUACCCACAGUGCAACAAGGAUAAUCACUACCCACAGUGCCAAGAGGAUAAACACUACCCACAGUGCAACAAGGAUAAUCAGUGCCCACAGUGCCAAGAGGAUAAACACUACCCACAGUGCAACAAGGAUAAUCAGUGCCCACAGUGCCAAGAGGAUAAACACUACCCACAGUGCAACAAGGAUAAUCAGUGCCCACAGUGCCAAGAGGAUAAACACUACCCACAGUGCAACAAGGAUAAUCAGUGCCCACAGUGCCAAGAGGAUAAACACUACCCACAGUGCAACAAGGAUAAUCACUACCCACAGUGCCAAGAGGAUAAACUACCCACAGUGCCAUAA